AGGAAGUCGGACGUCGUCCUCUUUCUGCUGUGGAGAGACCGUGGACUCACCUGGCAACCGCGCCAUGGUAAACAAGAGACUGCGAUCCCCAGACGGGAAGGAGUGGCCGGCCAUGAAUGCAGUAACCUAUGAUGAUGUGCACAUCCACUUCUCUUGCGAAGAAUGGGCUUUGCUGCAACCUUCCCAGAAAAUUCUCUACAAAGAUGUGAUGCUGGAGACCUACAGUAACCUUACUGCUCUAGGCUAUAAAUGGGAAGACCGUAAUAUUGAAGAACAUUGUCAAAGAUUUAGAAGACAUGACAGGUAUCUUGAAGCACACAAAGGAGCCCACAAUGAAGAGGAGCCCUAUGAAUGUAAACAACCUGGUAAAAUCUUAAGGCAUAAAGGAAGUCAUACUGAAGAGAAGCCCUAUGCAUGUAGUCAAUGUGGUAAAACCUUUUCACAGCGGAGUUACCUCCACAUUCAUAAAAGAGUCCAUACUGGAGAAAAGCCCUAUGAAUGUAAGGAAUGUGGAAAAACGUUUUCACAACAGAGUCAUCUCCACACUCAUAAAAGAACCCAUACUGGAGAGAAACCCUGUGAAUGUAAACAGUGUGGUAAAACAUUUGCAGAUUACAGUCAUCUUAAAAGACAUGAAAGAAUUCAUACAGGAGUGAAACCCUAUAAGUGUAAUCAGUGUGGUAAAGCCUUUUCAAAACAUGGUAGUCUCCAAAUACAUAGAAGAACUCACACUGGAGAGAAACCAUAUCAAUGUAAUCAAUGUGGGAAAGCUUUUGCGGAUUAUAGUUAUCUUAAAAUACAUGAAAGAAUCCAUACUGGAGAGAAACCCUAUGAAUGUAAGCAAUGUGGGAAAGCCUUUUCACAACCUGCUCAUCUCCAGAUUCAUAAAAGAACUCAUACUGGAGAAAAACCCUAUGAAUGUAAACAAUGUGGUAAAGCAUUUUCAAUUUGUAGUUCUCUUAAAAUGCAUGAAAGAACUCAUACUGGAGAAAAGCCCUAUAAAUGUAAUCAAUGUGGGAAAGCAUUUUCGUACCUCUGUAGUCUCCAAACACAUAACAGAACUCAUACAGGAGAGAAACCCUAUGAAUGUAAUGAAUGUGGGAAAGCCUUUGCAAAACAUAGUGCUCUCCGAACACAUAAAAGAACUCAUACUGGAGAGAAACCUUAUGAAUGUAAGCAAUGUGGGAAAACCUUUUCACAGCCUGCUCAUCUCCAGAUUCAUCAAAGAACUCAUACUAGGGGAAGACAUCCACGGCCCAUCUGAUGCUACUUUGUUCAGGUGGGCACAAGCCACCCACAGGCCAACCUGGGUCUUCAAGACCUGGGGUGGCAGAAAGACAUACAGGGCUCAUCUGACCCCUCUCUGCUCAAGCAGACACAAGCCAGCCUGGUUCCUCAAAUUGUACCAUGGCAGGAAGAUAUGUCCGUGCCGAUGUGAUACCACUUGACUCAGGUGGGCACAAGCCACCAGCAUGCCAACUUGAGUCCUUAAGACCUUGACUAGACAGAAGACAUCCAGGGCCCAUCUCAUGCCACUCAAUGCAGGUUGCAUCAAGCCACCCACAGACCAUUCUGUGUCCUCAUGACCUGGGGUGGCAGGAAGACAUUCAAGGGCCCACCUGGCACCACACAGUUGACUCCAAUAUGUUGAACAAAUAUAUGGUAGAGAAAGAAGUGAAUGGUUCAUAUGCUAUGGAAACAAGGAAGAACAGAAGGUGGUAAGGUGUAGGCUGAUGUUGGAGGCUUUCUUACCACUCAGGGCCAUUAUGAUAUCCAGUUUUGGGCUACUGCCAAGGGCCAUCUCUGGGUCCCAGGAGAGUACCACAGCAAGGGUCUGUUGCCAGCAAAUGGCACAAGAAUGCCAAAUAUCUGUGGUGCCACUGGUGGCCAUCUAGGUGUCUAAGAGCCAUUCUGCCACCAGAGUCAUGCUGAUCUAGGUGGCCUACGCUGCCAUAUGGGGCCAUUGUGUGUUCCAGUCCCAAGCUGCUGCUGAGGGCCAUGUAUGGGUCCAUAGCACUACAACAGCCAGGAUCUGAGCUGACAUCUGUUGUUCCUGUUGCAGCUGAAGGAUGUGUGAUUUCCUGCUGUCUGGUUUGCCACCUGAAACCAUAUUGGUACCCAUGGGCCAUGCUGCAUCUGGACUAUAAUGUUUUAUAUAUUUAAAGCUAUAAAUGUUAUAUACUGAUCUCUGGUGAAAUCUGGGCCUGGGCUACAGCUGGGGGCCAAGUCUGGUUCUGUGGAUCUGGUUGCCAGGAAGACCAUGUGAAUUCCUGGGGUCUGGGUUGCCACCUGGAGCCAUGUUGUUUGAGAACUUCAUUGUUGCCACAACCAUUCUGGCCUGUGUGGCCUGUGCUGCCACUAGAAAACAUGGUGACAUAUGGACCCAGGUUGCUGCCAAGGACUAUAUCUGGCUUCAUGAUCCUACUGUAGCCUCAGUCCGUGUUGAAGCCCGUAACCCAUGAAGCCAUGAAGGUCCAGGUAGAUUUGCAGGGUCAGAUCAGCCACCUAAGUUCAUGUUGAAGCUGGGGCCAUGCAGAUCUGAGCAGCUCAUGCUGUUACCCAAUGCCAGGUGAUAUCUGGGCCAGAGCUGAAGCUAAGGACCUUGUCUGGGUUUGCAGCCCUAUUGCAGCAACAGUCUGUGUUGAUGUCCGAGGUUCCUGUUACCAUGGAAGACCAUAUGAAUGCCAAAGAUCUGUUAUGUUAGGAUCUCAGUGCCAAGUACCAAUCUGAGUGGCACUGCCACCUAGAACAAUAGUGACAUCCAGACCUGGCUGCUACUGCGGACCAUAUGUGGGUUUGUGGUACCCCAGCUGGAGUCUGUUAAAGUCCCAGGCCUAUGUUGCCACCAACAACUUGGAAACCUGGGGAUAAAGCCAAAAUCUGUGACUCUGGUGUCUGGUCGCCAUGCCACGACCAGAGCCAUACUUGCUUGAGUGGCCUCUGCUUCAGCCCAGAGCCAGGAUGUCAUUUAGGCUCAAGCCCCUGCUGGGGGCAAUAUCUGUGGUCCUGCUGCAGCACGGCUCUGUGUUGUUUGUCCCAUGUCAUCUCAAGGGAUGAUAGGAACUGUGUCAUGAAAUCAGAGGGCCAUGCUGAGCCUUCCCUACACUUGGCUUGCCCCAGGAAUAGCUGAUCCUGUCUCUCAUUGGACAUUACAAGAGAACUACCCCUAUACCUGCACUCUGGGGAGAUGGCCCCACCCCUCACCAUUGGUGAAAGAGGAUUUACCCUGAUAACUUGGCCAUAAGGGAGCUGGUUCCACCCACCCCUUGCCUAAGGGAGGAAGCCCCAGUUGCCUGAACUGACCAGUUCAACUACUACUCAGACACAGCUGGGUCUGGAGUUGGCCCACUCUAACACCUACCCUAUUGAGGACCUACUGGAACUCAUGAAGGGACUGGUCCUGUGGAGCAAUACCUCAGGAUCUCCAUGACUUGGGAUAACUGUAGGAUUUCCAAGAGGAGUUUUGGUGAAGAUUCAAUGAUGAUGAUAUACCAGAACCCAGAGGCCUUGAACAAAACCAAUGACCCAUUGCAAUGAAUAUUUGCAAGUAAACCUGAUUGGACAAAAGGGUAUGCUUUGAAACACCAAGGCUCCAAACACCACCAAGACAAAUGAGGUGUUGGAAAGGUGGAAAAAAAUGAAGGAGCAAAGAGGUAUUUUUGUUUUGUUGUUUUUUGCUUACCUGUUUUGUUUUGGUUUGAUUAUUUAAUUUUCUUUUGGUGGGAGGAUUGUGCAGGGAUAAGGUGAAGCUACAACUGGACUGGAACGUGAGCAGAAUUGGGGAUGUAUGAUGAGAAAUUCCCAAGGAUUCAAUAAAGAAAUUGUUAAGUUUAAAAAAAGAUCUCAUAUUGGAGAAACCCUAUAAAUGUAAGCAAUGUAAUAAAAACCUUUGCAUGUCACAAUUAUCCUCAAAGUCAUGAAAGAAUUCAUAAUGGAGAGUAACCCUAUGUAAGUAAGCAGUGUUGUGAUUACCCAUUACCUUAGUCUUUGACCCUAAAAGAAUUUAUCUAAAAUUAAAUCUUACAGUGUGUUAAUAGUUAAAGCCUUUGUAUAUCACAGUAGAAUUUGAGGAUUUUAAAAACCUCAUACUGAAGGAGAAUCCAUGAAUAUAAGAGAUUUGUUAAAGUCUUUAACCAACAAAUUUACAUUUUAUUACAAAAAAUAUUUUUCUGGAGAAAAAUAAAUUUUAUUUGUCUGAAUUUCAUGGACUGUGAAUUUGGACAAAGGUAAAUUUUGAAUAUCACACUUUUCAAUUACAUGAAAUAACUCAUCCAAGUAUAAAACUAUGAAUGUAUGGUAAUGCCUUUUCUAUUGCUGUGAUGAAACGCAACAUCUAAGGAAACUUAUAAAAUGUUAGUUUGGCACAUGGUUCUAGUGGGAUACAAGAUUAUCAUGAGAGACAACUUGUGCCAACCAUGACAGCGAAAGCAGGAAGCUAAGAACUCAUAUUUUUAACCUGAAGCGUGGAGCAGAAAGUUCAACUGAUGGGAGGAUUUAAAAAUCUCAAAUUCUACCACCAGUGAAAUAUUUCCUCUACAGACUGGCAUUCUCUAAACAUUCCAAGUGAUACCAACAACUGAGAAGUAUUCUCUGAUUUUAAAGCCUACAUGCUUGCUUUCUAUCAGAUGAACCAAGUAAUAAUAAUAAAAAAAACUCUUUAUGUAAACAUUUCGACGCCUCAACAUCUGGGUUACAGGAAUGAAUGUUUACAUAGAAAAAUAGUUAUGAAUGAAAAUGUUUUUAACAACUUGUUCUAAUUUUUAUUAUAUGAUGUCAGUGUGUCUUUGGGUACAUCCAUGUGCUUGAUGGUUCCCAAGAAGAUUAGUGUUAAGUAUGGAGCAUAGCCCCAGCCCCUCCCUGACAUCCAUCCCAGCCCCCCUGGCCUGAAAGUUGCAUUGGUCUGGACUCCAAGUCCCAGCAUAUGCCACUCCCACCGGGUAUUUAAGUGGGCUCCCAGAGGAGGAACACGUGGUUCUGGGUUUGCAUGUGCUCCCUGCUUUCCUGUCUCCCCGCCAUGCGCUCGGCCACCCAAAAGCGUCAUACUUGAGAAAAUGAUAGGCAUUUUAAUUUGGUUUGAUCUUACCCAAUUAGACUUCUUUGCGCUAGUGGAGCCACCCCUCUUAUUAACAGUUAGACCCUGUGAUCUUUCUACAUUUCUAGCAGGAAAUAUAUAGGAAGUUGUCAAAAAAAAAUCACCUGAUUCCUGGGCACAAACUUGUCUUAACUACUCGGUUGUCUCUAACCCUAUAAAUAUUUUAAACCUUUAUAUAUAGUCUUGACAUUAGGAAAGAGGGAAGAACUCAUACAUGAGACUAGCCCUAUUCAUGUAUAAUAUUCAGUAUAAUAAUGACUUUAAGCAUCACAGUUAUCUCUAAUUUCAAGAAGAAAAAAUUAUUGUAUUCUUUAAGCAAAUACAUUACCAUAUUCACUCAAGUCUGAUGGUGGAAAUCACAGUGUUGCUUGUAUUUUGCAUUUGUAAUUGGUAUUGAAGUGUUCUGUAUAUGAGGCAAAUCCAUUUAUAGAAGUUUAUUUGGUAGUUCAUAUAUUACUUCUCUGAUUUCUGUUUUUCUUUUGUGCUUUCAGUUGGUGAUAAUUUUAUUCUGCUGAAAUGUAUAGAAUGGGGUGCCCAUCAUCUAAGUGGCUCAUUGUUUAUUUAAAUAUCAGACAGUAUGUGAUCAUACAUUUGAAAUAACUGUCUGAAAAGGUGGUGGGUUUUUACUAUUCUUUUUUUAUGUUUUCACAAAUUUCCUUUAGAUGUUGUUUGUGUUCCAGCCAGGCCUGGGCAUCACUAAAUAGUCAAGGCUGCAUUUGAACUCAUGAUUUUCAUGUGUCAGCCUCCUGAGUACAAAUUCAAGGAUACACUCCCAAUGUCUACAGUUUUGUCAAUACAUUUUAAAAAUGUUAAUGUUAAAAUGCUUAAUAGAAGAGGAUAUAAGAACCAUUGAAUAUAUUAUCUGUGUACCCUAAACAGCAUUUUCAUAUAGCAUUGUGAUAUAAUAAUGUAAAAUAAUCAGCAACCAAUUGUACAUUGUAUAACAGUUUGGUGUACUAUGGAUAUGGAUAUAUAUAUAUAUAGACAUUCCUCCUUAUUUAUGAUUCAGUUUUUAUGUGGCAUUCCAUCUUGAAGUUUUGCCUUCUAAGGGAAUUAUCUAGAAAUUCUAGAUCAUCUAAGGGCAAUGAGAUUUCUUUUUUAAAAAAAGAUUACCAUUGUGUAUGUGUGUGUGUAAUAUGUUUAUGGGUUUCCAUGCCAUGACAGAUGUGUUGCAACUGGAAGAAAAUCUCGUGGGGAUUUUUUUUUUUUGGCCCUUUUAUAUGGCAAU